AUGUCUACCGAGGAUUCAACCAAUGAGAGUACACUCGAGAGUCAGUCUCCGGCCCGCUUAGACGACUCGGUCCCGAUCACAGCUCGGGAUGCCGAGAAAGAUGAGCAGCCCAAAGUGCGGGAGAUCCAAGGCAUUCGCUGGCUACUCAUUUGCAUAGCCGUCUUUUCCGCCAACCUGCUUUAUGGUCUAGAUAAUACCAUCGUAGCCGACAUCCAGGGGCCUGUUGCAGGAGCAUUCAAUGAGUACUCUCGACUUGGCUGGCUUGGUGUAGGGUUCACCUUGGGAUCAGUGGUAUUCAUUCUUCCGCUAGGAAAAGCCUACGCCAUCUUCGAUACCAAAUGGCUCUUUCUCGGCUGUUUGACUAUGUUUGCCGCUGGCAGUGCCCUCUGUGGAGCGGCUCCCAGUAUGAAUGCAAUUAUUAUUGGGCGUGUCUGGGCUGGAGCUGGCGGAGCAGGCAUGUAUCUAGGAAAUUUGAAUCUGAUCACCAUCUUGACUACUCCUAAUGAGCAGCCCGUGUACAUCGCCUUGGUUGGAUUGAUCUAUGGCACAGGCUGUAUUCUGGGCCCUAUCAUUGGAGGUGCCUUCUCUGAUAGUUCCGCCACCUGGAGAUGGGCAUUCUAUCUCAAUCUGGUUAUUUUUGGCGUCAUGUCACCGAUUUAUCUGUUUCUACUGCCCUCUCUGCCGCGCCCGGCGGGUGAAGGUCGCAACUUUUUCAAAAAGCUCGUGGAGCUGGACUGGGUGGGCACGGUUUUGUCGGCUGGCAUGCACGUUGCCAUCAUUCUGUUCAUCGUCUUUGGUGGAGUUGAAUGGCCUUGGACAGAUGGGCGGAACAUCACACUAUACGUGGUUUCCGCUGUCUUGGUUGUGGCCUUCGUGUUGAGCCAGUACUAUUGUAUUGGGACCAAUAAGGAAGAGCGCUUGUUCCCGGGCGAGUUCUUGAAGAACCCCACAAUGAUCAUCCUUUACAUCCUAAUGGCCUGUGGUGGUGCUGCACUGUUUGUCGCAGUCUACUACAUCCCUCUCUACUUCCAGUUUGUUCAUGGCGACUCUGGUAUCAUGUCGGCGGUGCGAUUGCUGCCAUUCAUUUGCUUCUAUGUCGCGACAAUCCUGCUUUGUGGAUGGCUCAUGCCCAAGACCGGCUACUUCAUCCUCUGGUACCUCGGAAGCGGCAUCUUUAUGCUCAUUGGAUCUGUGUUGAUGUACACCGUCCGCUUCGAUACCAGUGCGGCCAAUGUUUACGGCUACUCCAUUCUCAUGGGUCUAGGAAUGACCACCACACAGGCUGCAUACGCAGUCGGACCAGCCCUGGUGACCCCAGACCGUGUUGCUGAGAGCAUUCAAUUCAUGAACAUCGGCCAGGGCCAGAGCCAACUGCUUGGAUUGGCUAUUGCAAGUGCCAUUUUCCAGAGUAAGACCCUCGGUGGACUCAACUCACUACUGAGCGGCAAAGGUUAUUCGCAAACGGAAAUUGAAGGCGCUGUUGCCGGCGCUCAAAGUACCUUACUGGAGCGUCUGCCUCCGAACUUGAAGGUGGAAGCCCUGUCGGUCAUUGUGGAUUCCAUUGAUGCCGUCUACGUGAUGGCUAUUGCGGCUGGCGCCCUAUACGUAAUUGCAUCGUGUAUGUUGCCCCGUCGUCGGUUCUAA